AUGUCAAAUCAUCCAUAAGCUGCUUAAUAACCCUAAUAAGCUCCAGCACCUUAGGCAUAAUAAAGACCUACAGGUGCAGUAUAUCCAAAUACAUAUUUACCACCAACUUAUUAUCCAGCUUCUCCAAUUAGAUAAUCUUAUGUUGCUCCAGUAGCUCCAAUUUAAUAUGCACCAGUGGCCUAAAUGCCUGUUGCACCAAUAGCAUCUGUUCCUGUUUAACAAUUUGCACCUGUCCAAGUUUAGUAAAUUGCAGUUGCCCCUACUCCNUAGUAAUGA